AUCUCAUUCAAUAGCACCUGAUUCCCUCUCCUUUUAUACGAACCGCUUUUACACCGCCUAACGGCUAGUCCUCCCGAUUCCUAAUUUGAAAUCUCAGUAAAACGGAGAAAUAUUCUGACCCAAAACCCUCGUUUCGCCUCUCUCUCUCUCUCUCAAAGAUUCUUGAGAAAUUGAAGUUUACAGUAAAACCUAGGUAUUUUUUGGAUCCAGCAUGGAUCUUUCUCAAGGAAUAGACGAUUAUUUGCGAGAAACCAUCGAGUACUCGCUUGGCCUUCCAGUUUCUACACACACACUCGAGUUAAAGCUUCGCGCCUCCGAAGAAGCCCAAAAGCGUCUAGUCAAUCAGUUAUUGUAUUUGCAAGCCAGAUUAAAGGAUAAAGAAGAAAUCAUCGAACGCGUGAGGACUGAAUCGAGUAUGAAUGCGCAAGUGUUGAAGAAAUUUGUGGACGAGAAUCAGAAAUUGGCGAUGGAGUGUUCGAAUCUCUUGGAUCAAUGUAAGAAGUGGGAGAGGGAGUGCUCGCUCUAUGAUCGUGAUCGAGAGGCUUUGAUGGAAUUUGGGAAUGAGGCUGAUGAGCGUGCGAAGGAGGCGGAGAUUCGUGUUCAUGAGUUGGAGGAGGAGAUCAGAUGUUUAUCGGAAAAAUUGCAGUAUUACAAGCGUCAGUGUGAGAUGCAACUGGUCAAUUUCUCUCCCUACUUUUUGUAUCCUUAUAUUUCUGUGUGUUUGAUUGUUUAUCAUCUCUUGGUCUUAGAGUAAUGCUUUUGGAGCAUCAAUAAUACUGUGUUUGAAGUAGGUUCC